UGCCCUGGUGACGUCAAAGAGCUCUUACUAAGAAAGAUGGCGAGAAAGAUGGGAUUUAUUUAGUCGCCUCGCUCUUUUGAAAAAAGGAGCCAUGGUUUUUCUGAGAGAAGGCCUGUGUCCUGGACUCACUGGGGAAUUCAUACAGGCGUUGCGCGCCAAAGACAUCACAACAGUUGAAGACCUGGUUUUUGCUGACACAGAAGAACUUGCUCAAAAAUGCUCUGUUUCAUACAAGGCUUUGCUGGCUGUGCGGCGGGUCCUGCUUGCCCAGCACUCGGCCUUUCCUGUCUCUGGUGCUGACCUGUACGAGGAACUACUGAGCUCCACUGCCAUCCUUUCCACAGGCAACGCUAGUUUGGAUAAGCUUCUGGACUCUGGCCUGUAUACUGGAGAACUGACAGAGCUGGUGGGAGCCCCGGGAAGUGGAAAAACACAAGUGUGUUGUGGUGUUUCUGUAAAUAUAGCGUGUGAACUGAAGCAGAGCGUUCUAUAUGUUGACUCGACAGGAGGACUUUCAGCUGAACACUUGCUUCAGAUGGUGAAGGCCAAAACAAAUAAUAUGGAGGAACAGGUUGAAGCUCUUAAGAGAAUACAGGUGACCCGAGUGUUUGACAUCUUCUCCUUGUUCGAAUGCCUACAUAAUCUUAGAAGCACUGGAAUUGCACAGGUGGUGGCAAGGGGUAGUUCACUGAAAGCUGUCAUAGUGGACUCCGUGUCUGCUGUACUAGCUCUUGCACUGGGAGGCAAACAGACGGAAGGGAUGUCGCUGAUGAUGCAGAUAGCUGGAGAACUGAGAACAAUUGCUAAGGAUCUUAACGUUGCUGUCCUGGUGACGAAUCAUGUGACCAGAGAUAGCAAUGGAAUGCUGAAAGCUGGCUUAGGACAGUCCUGGAGCCAUGUUCCUCGAACUCGAAUUCUCCUGCAACGGGUGGAGCAAUCAGGUUCCACAUGCUGUAACCUGCGUACUGCAACUGUGAUCAAGUCUUCUCGACAGCCAUGCCACCUUACAGAGGAGUUUGACAUGAUCUCCUGGGCUCAGUCUGGAGAUGAGGUGUCUGGAUCUGGAUCCCAAGGGAAGAGGAAGCUUCCCAUUGACAGUCCAAGUUGAGGCCUGGACAUUUUCAGAGCUAGCUGUUCAAUCUUCCUGAAGAGGAGGCACAUAAACAGUUGAUCAUUUUGGGUCCAGAUUGUUUCUGACAAGCUAAUACCAGGGUAAGCAAACACACACUCGAGUACUGUAGGCAUUGCUGUUUCUCCUAGCUGAGCUUUGAGUCACUGAAUCCCAUAACUUAAGUCAUGUUACAACUGAAAGCAAGGAACCUCUCACACACACUCACACUCACUUGAAACCGCUUGUCCCAUACGGG